AUGAUACGAUCCAUAAAUUCCAGUUUAUCCAGAUCUUUCUUUAGAUACAACCAUGGUCUGGUUGCUCCCUCUCCAGGAUUGGAAGUGUCAAAGUUGACUAUAGUGAUGGAUUCGAAAAAGGCAAAAGCGAAUAAAGAGGCCUUUAUAGAGACAAGUUUGCCACCUCUACUUACCACUAGGGCCAAGAGAUCAAGUAAAAAGGGUACAGAACCUGCGUCAGGCCAAAAUGAGACGAAUCUUCCACCUUCGCUGCAGUAUGUGAGGGACCUAAUGGAUCACUACAAGGGUCAUGUGGUUCUCACUCAGAUGGGGUCAUUCUACGAACUUUAUUUUGAGCAAGCAUCUGUUUAUGGACCGCAGCUAAAUCUUUCAUUAACAAAUCGUAACUACUUUUGCGGUAAGGUUCCCUUCGCUGGCUUUCCAGUUCAUCAAUUAAGUAGACACCUGAAGAUCCUGGUGAAUAAUUACGGAUACAGUGUCACAAUAGCUGAACAGUUCAAGAGAGACACCGUGGCAAAUAACGAUGUGAAUAAAUUCUACCGAAGGGUUACGAGAAUUGUAACACCAGGAACAUUUAUUGACGAAGCUUUCGAAAAUUUACAAGAAAAUACUUAUCUUCUGAGCAUUGAGUUCUCGGAUAAUUGUUUCAACAAAAUUGCAGAUUCAAAUUUGAAAGUAGGCCUGUGCUGGUGUGAUGUAACGACAGGGGAAAUAUUUGUUCAGCAGGUUUUACUUAAGGACUUGAUUUCUUCCAUAACUAGGAUACAGCCUAAGGAAAUUUUGUUAAAUGACGAGCUAGCAGCCUAUAGAAUUGAAUCUGGUGAAUGGUAUCCUGAAUUAGUUGAGCUGAAGAAAUACUUUAUAAAGUAUCAGAAACUUCCGUCACGACAUAGGACUAUUGCUUCAUUUUACAACCUGUUUUCAGCUGCGGACGCUGGAGAUGAUAGGAAGCAGCUGGAAAUUCAGCUUCGGGAGUUUUCUCAGAAAGAACUUGCAGCUUUGAGGAACACGCUGAUGUACGUCAGUGAACAUAUGCCAAGCUUUUCAAUGAACUUUCAGUUACCCCAGAGACAGCUCACUGGCUCAAUCAUGCAAAUUGACUCGCGGACUGUUGCGGCAUUGGAAUUGCAUAAGACCGUUAGGGAUAAUAGACAAAAAGGAACACUUUUAUCAACUAUUCGCAGAACAGUGACACCAGCUGGCACCCGUCUUUUAACACAGUGGCUUUCUGGUCCGUCUCUCGAUCUUAAAGAGAUUAAAGCUCGACAGGAUAUUGUUGCAUUCUUCAAGACAAAAUUUGGGAUUACAAAAUCCAUCAUUUCGAUGCUUCGGAAUGUUCAGGACCUGCCAAGAAUAUUGCAAAAAUUCAGUUUUGGCAGGGGUGACGCACUAGAACUCAUUCAACUAGCGCAAUCUUUACAGAUUGCAAUAGAUUUACGCACAUUUUUAGAGGAAGAGUCUCUAUCAUACAAAAAGAAGAUUAGAGACCUUGUUUCUUCGUUAACGAGAGGAUUAAAGUUUGAUAGAACAUUGAUCAAAGAAGUGAUAGAUAAUCUCAAUGAAGCAAAAUUGGUGGAAUCACUGAAGGAGAGUGAGAGAGAGAAUGAUGAAGAGACCGGUGAGGAAACAAAUGGGUCAGGUUCUCAGGACGCUUUAUCUAACGAUACUCCGAUUGUCAACUCAGCAUGUACUCCGAGACUUCAGCAAUUGCAUAUCGACUAUCAAAAAUUGAAGGAAGCUAGAGGAGAUCUUGAAUUGGAGUUCUUCGAAUUUUUCGUCGACGGCCAGGGCGCAAAAUCUGUCACAUUGAAACAAAAACAGAGUGGUGAGUAUGCACUUCAUGUCCUUGGAUCAGCAGGUAAUCUAAAAAAGAUAAACGAAUUCAUUAAAAGCGGUCAAAGUUUUCACGGGAGCUCAUUUCAUAUAAUACAACAAUCGUCGCAAACUCGUUGGUUGUCCCACGAAGCAUGGUCCGAUUUAGGUUACCGAAUUGAAUUAGCCGCCCUCAAGAUAAAGGACGAGGAGAACCGUAUUAUCAACGACUUCAAGAAUGAAUUUUUGAAAAGGAGCAACGAGGUUCGCGUGAUAUCUGACCUUUUAGGAUACUUGGAUGUCUUGUCAUCUUUUGCAGUGUUGGCAAAAGAGAAAAACCUUGUUUGUCCCAGGGUGGAUCAGAGCGACAAACUUGAAAUAAUUGAUGGCCGUCAUAUCAUGGUAGAAGAUGGUUUAGCGGCAAAAUGUCUAGAGAAUUUUAUCGAGAAUGACUGCCUUUUGAAUGGUGGUAAACUUUGGAUCAUUACAGGGCCCAAUAUGGGCGGCAAAUCAACGUUCUUGCGUCAAAAUGCGAUCAUAGUACUCCUUGCCCAAAUGGGUUCAUUUGUUCCGUGUUCCAAGGCCCACAUAGGUUUGGUAGAUAAAGUUUUCAGUCGCGUUGGAUCUGCGGAUGACUUAUACAAUGAAAUGAGUACAUUUAUGGUCGAGAUGAUUGAAACCUCUUUCAUUCUACAUGGUGCCACACGCAGAUCACUAGCGAUUUUGGAUGAGAUCGGCCGUGGGACAAGUGGAAGAGAAGGUGUUAGCAUUGCCUACGCUACUCUUCAACAUCUUGCGCAGGAGAAUGGAUGUAGAUCUCUUUUUGCAACCCACUUUGGCGCUGAACUAAGUAAAAUAAUUUCAUCCGAUGAAAAUUCGCUGUUAAAAGAGAAAGCUUCCUUCAUGAAAAGUAGUAUAGUUGAAUUGUCAGAGGACGAUUUCUUUUACGACUACAAACUGAGACCCGGAAUUUGCAAUAAGUCCGACGCUAUUAAAGUUGCUAAAACUGCAGGAUUUCCUGAGAAAGCCCUGAAUACCGCCCAAGCUUUACUCUCAUGA